AUGACGAAGACGACAAUGCUCUCUUCCUCCUUCACCACCCUCCUCCUCUUCCUCUCCUACACCACCCUCUCCACGGGCUACCCGUCCCCCUCGGACGUAAAGUACCUGGCGAAAGGGCAAUGUUCCUACGCGGGCCAGAUCGUCUGUGCGUCCGAAUCGACAUUUGCAAUCUGCGACGCAUCUCUCACGGGCGUCAUCCAGCCCCUGGCGGUGGGUGAUACACGGUGUGGUGCCUUUGGGGAUGGUGGUGGUGGUGGUAAGAACACGCCACCACCACCAGCUUCUUCCUCCACCACAGCGGCAGCGGCAGCCCAAGAUACCCUUGCGUUCAUGAAGACAGUGGCGUCGAUGAUGGCCACGGCAAUCCAUCCAUCGUCGAAGCCGACACCGACACCGAAGACGACGCCACCGCCAUCCAAACCCAGUCCGAAACCUUCGUUGUCGACAACCACAAAGAAACCACCCAAAGAAACCACCUCAAAGGCCCAGCCGGCAAAGUCUUCCUCGUCCUCGUCCUCAAAAUCCAAUCCACAUUUUGCGUCAGGAACAGGUCUUCAGGUCAUUCCCAUCACUAUCCGUGGAGCGACUCCCACGGCUGGCGGUUCAUGA